UAAUGACUGUGCACAGUGUACGGAGAUAGUGCGAAUUGCGCGUUUUGUCGCAAAUACUUCUAUCCAUUCGGCUGUCGGCAGUCUCCUUCCUUAGUUUUGUUACUAGUCUGUAAUCAUGACUCGUGAGAACUGGGAAAGUGGAAAUGUUCAGUUGAUAUAAAGCGCACUACAUAGAAAUGCACAAUAGUGUUGUACGAAUUCACUAGUAACGCGGAAGUGCUCCGGAGUUCCUUAUUUGACGAGUCUCUUUGUUUUUGUUUUUCAUUUGUAACUUUUCUGCUUGUGCCGCUAUGGAAUUCCCACAUUUGGGUCAGAACUGCAGCAAAGAGACGUGCAAACGUUUUGAUUUCCUGCCAGUUAAAUGCGAUGCCUGUUCGGGUAUAUUUUGUUCUGAUCACAUGAGCUAUAGCAGCCAUCAAUGUCAAUCUGCUUACAAAAAAAAUGUACAAGUACCCAUGUGUCCUUUGUGCAACAAACCAGUACCAAUACCACGGGGGCAAGAACCAGAUUUUACUGUUGGGCAACACAUUGACAAUGACUGUCAGUUUACUGAAAGUAGAAAGGUGUUCACAAAUAGAUGCAUGGUAACAAAAUGUCGAGGUAAGGAAGCCGUGCCUUUGGUAUGUAGUGAAUGUCGUCAAAACCAUUGUUUUAAACAUCGUCAUCCUUUAGAUCAUGGUUGUACUGGUAGUGCAAAAUCUGUCCAAAGAAAAGUGACGGAUGUUAAAAAUUUAUUUGGAACCAAUGGAAUUAUAAAAAAAGCUUUCACUGCAACUGCAAUACAGGGAAAUAUGAGUGAAGAUGAAGCAUUAGCAAGAGCCUUAGCUGAGUCUGAACGUUUAACGAACAAAAAUACCACAAGUCCUCAACCAAGAUGUUCUGUUGCAUAAAAUUGUUAAUUUUUAUUAAAUCAAGCACAAAAGAUACCAUUUUUUAUUAAUAUUUUUAAAAGAUUAUUAUACAUUCCAGACAUUUUAUGUAUCAAAUGAAAUAUUUUAUUUUAUAUAUGUUAAUAUUGUGAUCAUGUAUUUUAAGCAAUACCAUUUAAAAUUAACCUACUUCAUAAAACCGAAUAACCUGAAAAAAAUACUCCGUCCUUGUUGGUGUUCAUGUUUUUAUUUUAAAUUUCUUCAAUUCAAAUUUACAUACAUUAAAAAUGAAUAAACUUGUUAUUUUAUUAUUAAUGUAUAAUGUAUAUGUAAAUUUAAAUAACUGAAUAUAUAAUAGGCAUGA